UUGGAUCGAGUGUCAGCUGGACAGCAGUCCGACCUGAUGGGCACCAAAACACUGUAACGGCCCUGCGCAGCCCGGGGACCCUCUUGGUUAGUGGAAGUGAGGAAAAGUAAGUUGAGCGUCAAGGCUGGGAGUUGAAGACGUGAGGAAAGUGUUAGAUUUAUGCUGGAAGAGACGGAGAGACGCGCGUCAGCAGCGGCACACACCAUGAGCGUCCCGCUUUACGCACCGACCCCCAUCCAGCCGGCUCACCCGACCCCCUUCUACAUCGAGGACAUCCUGGGACGGACUGGUUCGGCCGCCAUCUCUUCAUCUUCAUCUUCCUCCUCCUCCUCCUGCUCCACUCCGGUGAUCCCCACACCGACACUCCCGUCAGCGAACUCCUCCUUCACCAGCCUGAUUUCUCCCUACCGGACACCGAUUUACGAGCCCACGCCGAUCCACCCGGUGCUGUCCCACACCGCCCUGACAGCGGCGUACGGCCCCGUCGGAGCCUUCAGCGGCUCCAUCUACCCGUUCCACCAGCAGCAGCACCGCUCCAUGGGGGAGUACGCGCAGGCGCUGCUCCGACAGGACCCCCUCGGGAAGCCCCUGUUGUGGAGCCCAUUCAUCCAGCGGCCCCUACACAAGAGAAAGGGAGGCCAGGUUCGGUUCUCCAACGACCAGACCGUCGAACUGGAGAAGAAGUUCGAGACGCAGAAAUACCUGUCCCCCCCGGAGAGGAAGCGACUGGCCAAGAUGCUGCAGCUCAGCGAGAGACAGGUGAAGACGUGGUUUCAAAACCGACGAGCCAAGUGGAGAAGAUUAAAACAGGAAAAUCCCCAGGGCGGUAAGCGGGAGGUGGAGGACGACAGCCCGCUCGGGAGGAACUGUAAGUCGGAUAAAUUGACGGAGCAGGUGGGGAUCCAGAGCCUGGAGAAUCGGCAGACAGGCCCAACCCCACUGAUGACCCCGGGGGGUCACCGUGUGCACUGUGGGCAGUCCCCCACGGAGCUGGACUCUGAUGUGUCCGAUGAUUCAGACCAGGAACUGGAUAUAGAAAAUAACAGUGAGUUAACACUAAACCCGUAAUUGUGCAGCAUGGGUCAGUCGGCCUCUCAGCUGGACGAUGAACUCUGUUUCUAAAUUAGCCUUAUGUGCCUUCCUGGGAAGUAGGAAAGCAGAAACAAGUUCAAAUAAAGACUCAACCCGGACUUGGAAAUGUUUUCAGUUUUGGGACUGGAACCUUGUAUUGCUGUAUCUCCAGCCAUGGCUGAUGCUGCUUUCUGCAGCUGUGAUUCACAUUCAGAUCUAUUUAACAUUCAGUCCUCGGCUCUGUGUUUACCUCUUGUAUAUGAUGUACAAUAGUUUUUGGGUUGCAUUGGUAGUGACUACUAACAAUCACUGUAAAUAUAUGGUAUUUCCCUCUAUCUUUUAUUAGGUAUGUUCAGAUUGUGGUAUACAAAUUAAUAAUCGUUGAAGCUUACAAUGUACUUUUGGAGUCAUGUUUAAGUGCCUGUUUUUUGACCUGAAUAAAGACGUGUUAGCUUA